AUGCAGAAUAUGGUACCGGCAAUUCGAUUGAGUUGUUCGAACAUGGUAGACAAAUGGGAAGCUCUGUUUUCGUCUAGUACCGAUAAGUCGUCUUGUGAGGAAAUCGAUGUGUGGCCUUAUCUUGAUAAUUUGUCGGGCGAUUUGAUUUCUCGGGUAGCGUUUGGUAGUAGCCAUGAACAAGGAGGGAAAAUAUUCGAGCUUCAAAAGGAUCAAGUGAAGCUCGUUUUGGAGAUCAUGCAGUUCAUUUUCAUUCCCGGGUGGAGAUUUGUGCCGACAAAAGCGAACAAGAGAAUGAAGGCGAACGCCAAAGAAAUCGAAUCCUUACUGAGGGGUAUAAUCGACCAAAGACAGAAGGCAAUGGAAAAGGGAGAAGUCAACGGGGACGAUUUGUUAAGCACACUAAUGGAAUCGAAUCGCAGGGAAAUCGAUGAAAAUGGGAGCAAAAAGAAUAUGGGAAUGAGUAUCGAUGAUGUGAUCAAAGAAUGCAGGCUAUUCUACUUUGCGGGCUCGGAAACCACUUCGCUUUUGCUUGUGUGGACAAUGGUGAUGCUUAGCAAACAUCAAGAAUGGCAAACCCGUGCGAGAGAAGAAGUUUCCCAAGUUUUCGGAAACAACGAACCCACUUUCGACGCCCUAAACCGCCUUAAAAUCGUUACCAUGAUUCUCAAUGAGGUUCUUAGGAUGUACCCACCGGCACCGGUGAUUUCUCGAACACCGACAAAGACGGUGAAAUUGGGCGACAUGAUUCUACCGUUGGGGGUGGAUUUGUUGCUAAUAAUAGGUUUAGUGCAUAAUGACCCGAAGAUUUGGGGAGAUGAUGUGAAUGAGUUCAAACCGGAGAGGUUUUCUGACGGGAUUUCGAGUGCGACCAAAGGCCAAUUCUCGUUCAUACCGUUCAGCUUAGGUCCGAGAGUAUGCAUCGGCCAACAAUUUGCGAUGAUCGAGGCUAAAAUAGCUAUGGCAAUGAUACUGCAGCGCUUUUCGUUUGAGCUGUCACCGUCUUAUUUGCACGCUCCGUUCCCUAUUCUCACUCUCCAGCCGCAGUACGGUGCUCGCCUGCUUUUACAUAAGCUAUAAAUCGUAAACUUUACUAUAAAGGAGAAAAUCACGUGACCCCUUCUUAGAUAAUGAAAUUACACGGCACUACUCAGGUGAAAAUUUAUUACCCGGAUCUCCCCUCUUAGAUAGUUCUCUUGGGUGGAAACUAAUGGCAUUGUAAAAAAAAUUCGAGUGAAUUCUCUAUUUUACCCUUUUAAUCGACGUUAACCGUUGACGAUUUCGAUGGAAUAAAAUACCCUCUUUGAUUGUUUUAGUUA